AUGUAUAACGGUGGGGGUGUAGGUGAUACUGGUGGGGAUGAGCCCUGGUCUGGGGUACGAUAUCGGAAGAAUCACAAGAGCAGGGGGGAUGGCAUUGAAUGGACGUUUUUGGUGCAGAACCUUCCUGAUCGGGUAACAAGGAAUAUUUUGUUGCAGGCUUUUCAACGACAUGGGUAUGUGUCAGACGCUUAUGUGGCUCGAAAAAGGGAUACUAAAGGUAAGUGCUUCGGAUUCGUUCGCUUCAUGGGGGUGGAAAGUAUGAAAGAAACACUAGCUGCUAUGAACAAAGUCAGGAUUCAUGAAGUUAAGCUAGUGGUGUCGUUGGCAAACUACGAUAAAAAUCACAAAAAAUUCAACUAUUCGAUGAGAGGUGGGGGCCAGAAUGAAUGGAGACCAAAGGAAGCAAAUGCAAAUGACCGAAACGUCUCAAUGAAUAUCGGGAAUCAUGGCAUGUCCUCGGGGACCUCUAAGCAGUCGGAAUCUGGAAUGGGGGGUCUUCGUUUGUCCGGCAAGGAGAGAGUUAUGCAGAUACGCUAA